CUGAGAGUGAGGCUUAAAAAACAGUUUCCUCCCGCUAAAAAGCAGUUCCCGUGAAAUACAAUAUUGCAGUUCAGAACUGUAAAGCCUCUUCAUCCUCGUGACACGAGUGACCCACACACCUCUCUCCAUUUUCUUCCCCUUUCUCUCUUUCUCUUCUUCUUCACUUCUCUGCGCUUCUUCUGAAACCGCACCACACGAUCGACGACAAUGGUGAAGGAGAGAGAGUACUACGACAUCCUCGCCGUCGCUCCCUCCGCCUCCGAUUACCAAAUUCGCAAGGCCUAUUAUCACAAGGCAAAGCAAGUUCAUCCUGAUCGAAACCCAAACGAUCCUCAUGCUGCUGAGAAGUUCCAGAUUUUGGGCGAAGCGUACCAAGUGUUGAGUGAUCCGGUGCAGAGGAACGCGUACGAUCAAAAUGGGAAGCAUUCUGUGUCUAGAGAAACUAUGCUUGACCCCACGGCAGUUUUUUCCCUGCUCUUUGGAAGUGAAUUGUUUGAGGACUAUAUUGGGCAUUUAGCUGUGGCAUCUAUGGCUUCUUCAGAACUUGCAGAUGAAAGUGAGGAUCCUGAUAAGCUGCAGGAAAAGUUAAAGGCUGUCCAGAGAGAAAGGGAAGAAAAGCUAGCAAGAUUUUUGAAAGAUUUUCUUGGUCAAUACGUCCGUGGUGACAAAAAGGGAUUCUUCCAGCGCGCUGAGUCAGAAGCAAGACGGCUUUCUCAUGGAGCUUUUGGAGUUGAUAUGUUACAUACUAUCGGCUAUAUAUAUUCAAGACAGGCAGCCCAAGAACUAGGGAAAAAAGCCAUAUAUCUUGGAGUGCCAUUUGUGGCUGAAUGGGUUCGCAAUAAAGGACAUUUCUGGAAAUCACAGUUCACAGCUGCUAAAGGUGCUUUUCAGUUACUUCAGCUUCAAGAAGACAUUCGCAAGCAAUUCAAAAUGGAUAGCAGUGGCCCUGAAAAUGAUAUUGACUCUCAUAUUCGUCUUCAUAAGGAUACAUUGAUGAAUUCCUUGUGGAAGUUAAAUGUAGUGGAUGUAGAAGUUACCCUUGGACACGUGUGUCAAAUGGUACUCAUGGAAAAUAACGUUAAGAAAGAGGAACUCAAAGUUCGGGCUACUGCUCUUAAAAUUCUUGGGAAGAUAUUUCAGGACAAGAAUUCGAAAGAAGGAGAAACAUUGAAAAAGAAAAUGGCUGAUGAUUCUGAUGACGAAGGAAGCAGUUCUGAUUCUUCAGAUGAUGAAUCGCCUAGAGCACUUACCUACCGGACUCCCUUUUUCACUCAGGGUAUCGGUAGGCUCUUCAAAUGCCUUUGUAAUCCAGCAUUUGAUGUGGAUGAUGAAGAGAUAGUUUACAAAAGCAAAUGAUCCAUAUAAACUUUCUCAGAUUUGGAAACAAAAUUCAGCCCAUGUCAGUAUUCUGUUCAACUGUUCGUGAGAUUAAUAUACGUGUGGUUCCCUCUGAAUAUAGUUUUGGGAAGACAAUAAUGGUGCAAGCCAUAGAUAUUCAUACCUUGUUUGUUGUAAUUACACUGCCAUCAAGUUACAUGUGCCAAAACACUUGGCCAAGAGUCAAUCUUACAGUCAAUUCUGCAACUCCUUUUUUACCUUCCUUU